GUAAUAUCAAAACAGGCACUAGCGAACUAUCGCGCGUACGCUGAGAUACAAACGUACAUUUGUUAUCAGUAUUUUUUUCAAAAAAUAAUUGAAAAUUUUUAAAAAUGUGAAAAUGUUAUCAUGUAAAAGCAGCUAAAGUUAUUUCUUGCAGUGAGAUGAGAGAUCAAUCGCGAAAAAAUUAAGGAAGAACAUCUAAAAAUUGAAGAGUGAAAAUCAUAUCGAUAGUGAAGACUACAUGAAAGGCUGAAAUAAAGGAAAAACGGUUCUAAAAAGUGGCCAUUUAGGGCAUAUUUUAAUCCAGUUUUUGACAAAUUGGUUCUGGAUUCAGUGCUCUCAACGAUGACUGUGGUAGUGAAUUAAUGAGAAUUUAUUUCGACAAACCAAUGAGCAGAGACUUUUAAAGAUGGGUCUUCAAGUGGCAGCAAAUAGUAACGGCAGCAAUAAGCGCAAAUACGAGGAAGCAAGCGCUACAGCAGUAAACGUGGAAGAGUGUGAAAAUAAUGGCAUUGCUGCUGAUAAUCUGCAAACUUCAGCUGAUGGUGCGAGCGCGAGUAAAAAUCCGCGGCUCGAAGAAACUAUAGAACAAGAUGCGGGACAGGUGAAUAUGGUUGAAUCUACUACAACGAACGGUGGCAACAGUACUACGACGACAACAGCAGAAUCGGCUAUGGAUGACGACAAGACGGCUACCACGGUGCAAAUCAAUAGUCCUCUGAUAUUACCGCCAGCAACACCAGCAGAGGACAGCAUAGCCAAACUGGAGGCGGUCGUUAUUCCCGGCGAAACGAACUGGAACUGCGAACCGAUCGUUGAUCCGAUCAGUAAACUUCAAGCCGUCGCGGUCCCUGGGGAAACGUGGGGUUCAGAUAGCACACGGUCAACGUUGGCUACCACGUUGCUGGCAGCCGACGAUCUGGAUGACGAUGACGACGAUUUCGAGGAUGAAUUUGACGACGACGAAACGAUAUUACCUAGUUACUCACCUAUCCGUUAUCCAUGUUCUCCGAACCGGGGUGGUUACAUCCCAGCUUAUCCAAAACCUGGCUACUUUCCAGAGCCGUACCAGAAUUGUUCUCGCACGAGUUCGGCAAACAAUGGUGCUCAGCAAUACGCAAACCGGGGUUACGGAUGGAGUCAGCACGGCUACUAUUCCCCGCCAUAUGAAGCGCCGUCCUCCCAGCAAACAAUUCGUUGCGCAGAAAACGGAAAAUCAUACUUUGAGCUAGGUAGCGCCAAUUACAACAGUGUUAAUCAAUUCGGCGCACCAGCAAGGCACCUAAAACGAUGCUGUGACGGUCGUAAUAUGUCGUGCAAUAAUAAGCAGUGCUAUAAAGAGCGUCGCUUGAAGAUGAUGAAUCUUUCAAUGUUCAAGCUGGCUCGGUUUCGUCAAGCAUCCGAUCAAUCUCUCUAUCGAUCGGUGCUAAUAUGUAACACAUUGAAGUCAAUCGAACGUGAAAUAGACCACGAGAAUAAGGAGUUCAGUCACCAGCAGCACUUACAGCAGCAGCAGCAUACGCAUCAUUAUCACACACCUCCACCGCACCAUCUGCAGCAUCCUCAUCAUCAGCACCCGCCGCCAUCACCAUCGUCGCUAUCUUCAGGUUCAACGGAAUACGGAAAUGGUCCAGCGUACAACAAUUGUCGGAUAGCGACUCCAGACAAACAGCAGCAACCAUCUCCUAAGUUUAGUGAUAUUGGCAACGGUAGCAGCAGCAACUAUAGCAGACUUCAAGGCAGCAAUACAACGACACAGUCGCCUCCAACCUACGGCAAUGGUGCCAGUUGUACCGCCGAACAGCAACAAUCGGCGACUAUAACUACACAAUUAUCGUCCUACGACCAGCAACAACCGCAACAUCAUGGCUCUCUGGCAGCAGUAAGCACUGCAUCUCCAACAACCGCACCGACUCCCCAUCAUCAUCAUCAUCAUCAUCAUCAUCAUCCUUUAAAGGAUCCACACUCUGGUCGGGCGACGCCUUUCCCAUCCUGCACCGGUGGUGGUCUGGCCGGCAGUGGCUACCACGAGAGUGAUUCUGGCUUCGGAGAUGACGAUUGUACCCGCCCUAUCAACUGGGGAUCGGUGCUAAGCUUAUCCUCGCAAUCGGCACUAGACCCGCUGAACAACAACGACCUUUUUGUGACCUCUCCGAGUGUCGUGGUCAGCGUUGUAAAUGACAGCCAUCAUGCCGCAAGUGCAACGGUUUUAGCAAAUAACGAUAAUUGUGAUAGUAGCAGUAGUAGUAGUUUAGUGUUAAGUCAAUCGACGACGUCAGCGUCCUGCUUAACGAGCAGCGAAUCCGACGAUGUUUCCGUUAGUAGUGUUAACAAUAGUGAUAGCAGUAGCGAAAGCAAUCAUCCAAUGGAUAGUACUAAUGCGGUUAGUUCCUCCGGCACUAGCUCAUCUGCCACCACAACCUUAACCUCUCUAACUACCCUGACCACCACCAGUCAUUGUGAUCUAAAUCUAACCACACUCACCACUUCUCCCUCACCAUUACUCUCUUCCUGUGCUUCCGCUCUUCAAUAUCAUACCAGCACUACCGGUUCUAGCUGGGAUUUAGCGUAUCUGGACAUGGAUCUCGGCACUACGCACGAGUUAUACGAUAUGUUUCCCAACUGUUACAAAAUAACCUCGUUCAACUCCGAUGUCGAUAUGCUUGGGCUGAAAUCGCCCAUGCUAGAACCAAGCAAGGUAGUCUGUGAUAAUGAUAUGGAUUCGUUUACGACUCACAUCAUGGUUGGAAGUUAGUAUUAAGCCCCAGGAGGGAUUUCUAACCACCCAGUUGAGGGCGGUAAGCGCGCUCGCUCAAAACCUGAAUCCACUUCCACCAUGACGCCCGAAAAAUCCCGUUAAAUUUAUCUGUUCACCAUCCAAAUGUCAUGUCCAGGUCCGACAAUGUGCAGAACAAAAAGAUAUUGGCGCUAAAUCUCAGGUUGUGAAGGCUGUGUUAUACAUUAUUAGGCUUUUGUUUCGAUUCGACAAUGACAGGUUGUUGUUAAGUUCUAACAAAUCCAAGUAUACCUACCGCAGUAAACGAUGGGUUAAGGUUGUCCUCUAUUGAUAUAAGUUUUCCUUUCUUAUCAUCCGCGGGAUUACUGUUGAAAUUAACUAACCAGCGUACAAAACGGCAGAGCUACAAAGCGCUACAAAAUCAAUACAAACUGCUUCUGUCACUAUUGGUUCCUUAUUAGGGUUAAUCAAACAUUGCGGUUAAACAAACUAGUGGUAAUAAACAAGACGAAGUGAUGGAAACAAAAACAAGGAAUUGUACAAUAGUUUAACAAACAAAACAAGAAAACAUCGCAACAACGGCAGCAGGUUCGCCAUUGUGAAGGUUUGAAAGAUACUUCGUUUUAGGCCAUACCAAAACUCUUAGCUCUCAAUACCAGAUUAAAUCAACAACAAAACGUGGAAUGACCCACGAGUGCCAUACACCUAUUCCUAUGAAAACAGAAAACUAACGAUGCCGACCCUGCUGUUCGUUGAAAUCCCGGUAGCACCCAAGUCUAUGAAGCAACGUCACAAUCGCCACUACUUGCUAGUCUCGCCAGAUUGAAAUUACCGAUCAUCGACUAAAUACCGGUAGCUGUUAAUCUUCGAUUGCAUUCCAGUUGUUCAUGUUUAGUUACACCACGAUUUCAAUAGUUACGUACGGUUAAAGCUCAAACUGCCGCUGCUUCAUGGUCAUGCAAUUUACCGAAGUCCAGUCUUCGAGUGUUUUAGCAAUACUCUAAAAUUGGAAAAUUACGUCAAUUCAGCUGAUGUAUUCUCAACCACAAUCAACUAAAGUUUUUUUUUUAUCUGGCAAAAGUAAGCUACUGCUGCUGUACAUACUGUUCGUAACAUAAAAAAUGAAUCGGAUGGAAUUGGUUAAAGUUAACCAUUUUUAUCUAACAACUAGUUCUUGAGCGGCAAUCAAGCAUGCGGGCUAAUUUUGGGGAAGGGACUACUCUCAAUUGCAUUGGAAAAGAAAGAGAAAGCAAACCAAAUCUAGUCCACGUCAAUCUUUAAAUCAAAUUUUUAUUUUUUUAUUUUGUCUAUUGCCUCAUCGAUAUUUUGUUUUUAUUAUAUUUUCUUUCUGAUGAGCAAAUUCAAUCGAGCAAAUUGUUUGUAAAUACUAAACAAAACGAGGAUGAACAAAAGGAGAUAUACUAUAUGAACAAAAGUUUGGAUUUUAAAAGCAACAAAACUAGGCAAACCCAUCCUUGAUGUUAUUUGAACGAGUAAAUGAACAAAAUUGUACUAUAAGAGAUUAUAUAUACCUAAUCAAUAUAUUGUAACAGCAAAACGGCAAAUUAACGUGUAGAAUAACUAGGAAAAAAAACAAGAACAAAAUUAGUACGGUUUCUGGUAAAGCCAGAUAAUUGAAUCAAUAGGAAACGGUUACAAAAAGCAUCAAAAAUUGUACAUUUUACUCGAUGCAAAUGUAAAAAAGCAGCAAGAAAAUAGAGUGUAAAAGUUCAUUUUG